GGAGCCUUCAGGGUGAAAAUGCACCAUGGCAUGGGAGGAUCGGCGGGUGAUCGUCACGGAGCUCAAAAUCCGGCAAUGCAGGCCAGAAAUGGGGUCUGCGACAAAAUCGAAAAUUACAUAUCCGAGCUGGGCCGAUGGGCGGUAUGGAGGGCGAUAAUAAUGGGUCAGUUCCUCUCGCUGGUGCUAUGCUUCAUGACGCUCGUAAAUCAUUACAUAAAUACCGGCACUUACAAGCUCUCGCUUCCAACAGGACAGAAUGUUCCGCACUACGUGAUGAUGUGUUUAGUCUAUACGACGUGGAUGUCCUGCAGGGGUGUGGGAAAUGGCCUAAUUUCUGUCAUACGAGCCCGCGGAUGGAGGUACUUAUUGUUAGCACUAAUCGACGUUGAGGCGUGCACUCUUAUUACAUCUUCACAUCAGUAUACCAGUCUCGCUAGUAUACAGGUAUGUAAAUAUGUAAGGGAAUCUCAUUAUUCGCGGAUUCCCAGCUGCCUUAAUUUUUUUAAUUAUCGAGAACCAUUCUUAGUAUUAAUUGGAAUUUUAUUAAUUAAGGUGUAUUGUCGCAUCGGAAAAAAUCAACUCGUCGGCGAUAUGCUUUGUCUUGGCGGCGCGGUGCUAUUCUCGAUAACGACGGUUCUGCAGGAAUUGGCCGUCAAAACGGUCGAUAUUAUCGAAUAUCUCGGCAUGAGGUUCUUCGGCACGAUACUGAGCUGCAUGCAGACCGCCGUGCUCCAGAGGUUUCAAAUAGAAGCUUUCCAUUGGGACAACGCACCAGUAAUAACAAUCCUGAUUCUCUACUGCAUCACGCAAUUCAUGUUCUUCUCGUUGGUGCCGGUAAUAUUGUUCGAGUCGGGCGCUACCGCCUUGCAACUGGCGCUGCUUACGUCGGACUCCUUCAAUAUAUUGGCUGGAAUGCUUAAUCACCACUACAAGUUUCACACUUUGUACUUCGUCUCGUACGCGCUCACGAUGACCGGCAUAUACAUUUACGCCAUAAAGAGAACGCCAAUGUCGUCGAAUUCACGGAGGCAGCACAUCGAGCCACCGAUCCCGGAUUACAGACACAUGUCUCAUCCCGAUGUCGGCGAGGUGGAGAUGGCCACGAGUUCUGGAAUGUCCGGCGUGAGCGGCACCCUCGACAUAAGAGCGUCCACCCUCGGCAGCGAAAGGGAGACGAUGGACGCGACGAGCUUACCACUCAGCGUCAGUUCCGACACGGCCUUCACCUCCUUCUACGGCAGCCAGGCGAACCUAAAAGUAGCAUCGAGAUCGAUGCCGCGUGUCUCGUCCAAUUCGUAUUUCGAUACGAGUACCAGCGUGCCCUGAUAUCUGUCGGGGAUGAACUUGACGCGGGCGCAGGGUUCGCGCGAUAUUCCGAGGCAGAUGGAAUCCGCGCGAUUAAACGUUUUCUCGAAAUCUAUCCACUUUCAAUAAUGCGACUUUACGUUAUGAUGAUGCGACUGAGACUUGAUGUUUCGUGCUCGGUGAUUCGUUAUUAAAAUCUGAUACAUUUACGAAAGUAGCCUUGUGUGUGGACAAGUCGCAUAAUGUAACUGACCCGUACGAAGGCAAUAAAAUUAAACGACAAAUAAAAUUGACGAUCGAUAAAAAUUUUUUAGAUGUUGUUAUAUAUUUGAUGGUGCUCUGUUAAAUAAUCGUUUGCGCGACUUGAAGAACUUUUUAAUUCGCGCGGUAAUCCGUCUGCCUCCGCGAUAGCGAGUGAUGUCUUCGUAUUCUUCGUAUUUGUUCUUGGAGAUAUAAAUGAAAUCUGUUUCAGGCUGCGAACGGAAACAGCGGUUCUGCCUGUAAUUAAUAAGCAGAAGAAAACGACUGCCUAGAAUAGAGUACCGUGUGAUUCAUUCGUUCGAAACACGAAUCUCUUGACUUCUUGAAAACCGAGAAAUACUUUAAAAAGCAUGAAAGAAUGUUUGUAUAUCGACACUUCGAUUAUGAACGCUAAUACACAGUCUAAAAACUUCUAGAUAAUCUGUGUAUAAUUAUUAUUACACAGUGUUAAUUGUACUUAACAGUAAAGUAACUGGGCCGUCUUUGAUUUGUAAUUCGAUGAUUUAAUUAAUAAGUUCGAUGGAUUAGUUAAUAAGUAAUAGGUAUAAUUUAUAAUAUAAAACAAUGCUACUAGAUUAUUAUAUUAUUUAAUUAUCGUAAUAAUUUUAAUCAUUAUGUUUACCUUAACUUUAUAGGCUUCAUGCGUAAUAAUUAUGAUUAAGUUUGGAUAACAUAAUAAUUGGUAUAUAAGUAUAAUUUUAUUCA